AUGGAAGUCCCACGCAAAACAUGGAUCCGCCUCAAUCGCACUCGCAUCGGACAAGGACGAUGCAACCAACUCUUAAACAAACGGAAACUAAGAAAUAACCCUAACUGUGACUGUGGAGAGGUGCAAUCCAUGGAUCAAAGACUGUCCGUACAAUUUUUCUUCAUUAAAGAAAACACGAUUGGAAACAAACGUUGCUUUUGGCAGUUUGUCUCUGACUCAUUUAACCAGUUUGAUGAUGAACGGACAAAAGAAAUGGGUCCUAAUUUGGCAUGUGCGGAAUGGCUUAUGAAAAACGGUGCAAAAGUACGUUGUAAGAACUCCAGUCAAUUCGUGGGACAUUAUGACUUUUUGCCAACUAAACAUGAUAGUUAUUUGAAACAAUUUAAAAUCGAACAAGUUUACGCUGGAACUGAAGCUUCCAUAUCCCACUUGGGAUUUCUUCACUUCAAAGGCUGCGACAAUAUCUCCGAUAUAGCAUUUGUAGGAUGUAACACAAUCGAUAAUGAGGCAUUACAUAAGCUUCAGAUCUUAAAAGAAUCCUUGACGUCUUUAGAAAUUGAUUAUUGUGUUAAUAUUUCUGAUGAAGGAAUAAUAGAGUUGGAACAUCUUCAGAGAUUGAAACAUUUGCAAUUAAAAAAUUUAAAUCUGAAAAGAGAAUAUAAAAUAAUUAACCAUCUCAAAUCUAAAUUACACGAUUGUAAAAUAGAGUAUAAUGAAAAAUAA